AUGGCUGCUGGCAGAACAUUAAAGGAGUUGGCUGCUCCUAAUUUUAAUCAGCAGCCUUUGUGUAUUCAAAACCCUACUUUAGAUGUUGCUUUUGAACUUAAGUCUGGUUUAAUUCACUUGUUGCCUACAUUUCGUGGUCGUGCAGGUGAAGAUCCAAAUAAACAUCUAAAAGAGUUCCAUAUAGUCUGUUCAAGCAUGAAACUAACAGGGGUGACAGAGGAGCAGAUUAAGUUGCGAGCUUUCCCUUUUCCAUUGGGGGAUGAUGUAAAGGAUUGGCUCUAUUAUCUACCAUCGGGGACAGUCACAACAUGGAACGAGAUGAAAAGGCUGUUUUUAGAAAGAUAUUUCCCAGCCUCCAGAGCUGCCACCUUCAGGAAAGAGAUAUGUGGUAUAAGGCAAUAUAAUGGGGAGACAUUAUAUGAAUAUUGGGAGCGAUUCAAGAAGCUAUGUGGAAGCUGUCCUCACCACUAGAUAAGUGAUCAGUUGUUAAUUCAAUGUCUCUAUGAAGGGUUGCUGCCUAUGGAAAGAAACAUGAUAGAUGCAGCAAGUGAAGGUGCAUUGGUGGAUAAAACUCCUGAAGCUGCCAAACAGUUAAUCUCAAACAUGGCUGCCAAUUCCCAACAGUUUGGUACAAGACAAGAUGCACCCAAAAGGGUGAACGAGGUAAGUAUAUCUUCCAUUGAACAACAAUUAUCUGAUCUUACCUCUCUUGUUAGACAAUUGGCUGUAGGGAAUGCACAACAUAUAAAAGCUUGUGGGAUAUGUUCGACAAUGGGACACCAAAUGGACAUGUGCCCAACACUUCAAGAGGAAGGGGCUGAGCAGUUUCAACAAGAUACAAGAUCUAGUAUUCAGAGUUUAGAGAAUCAGAUGGAUCAAAUGGCAACUGUUAUAAGUCGUUUAGAGGCUCAAGUUGGAGGGAAGUUGCCUUCUCAAACAGUGGUGAACCCAAAGGAAAAUGUGAAUGCAGUGACGCUAAGAAGUGGCAAGAAAGUGGAAGAACCGAAGCUGAACAUUCCAAGUGUGGCAAAGGAAGCAGAAAUUGAAGAUGAAAUUGAGAAAGAAGAGGCUACAACUGAAUCAAAGGUAAUUCCUAACCCUUCAAUUCAACUUCAAUCUAAUACUUUACCUUUUCCUAGCAAAUUCGCGAAGUCAAAGAAAGAAGAGAAGGAUAAAGAAAUUUUGGAGAUGUUUCGCAAGGUGGAAGUGAAUAUACCUCUAUUGGACGCAAUUAAGCAAGUGCCAAGGUAUGCAAAAUUUCUUAAGGAGCUAUGCACCAAUAAGCGGAAGUUGAACGGUGAUGAAAAGAUAAUAAUGGGAGAAAAUGUGUCAGCAGUUUUCUUUGGAAAACUUCCUCCCAAGUGCAAGGAUCCAGGUAUGUUUACAAUUCCUUGUAAGAUAGGUAACACUAGAAUUGAGAGAGCUAUGUUAGAUUUAGGAGCUUCGAUUAAUGUUAUGCCAUGAUCUAUUUAUGCUUCAUUAAAUCUAGGUCUUGUGAAAGAUACUGGUGUUAUUAUCCAAUUGGCUGAUCGCACUAAUGCAUACCCUGAAGGGGUAGUUGAAGAUGUUCUUAUACAGGUUAAUGAGUUAGCGUUUCCUACUGAUUUCUACAUUUUGGAUAUGGAUGAUUCUUCUUCUCCUGACCUUGUACCUAUCUUACUAGGAAGACCAUUGCUAAAUACAGCUGGGACACAAAUAGAUGUUCAUGAUGGUACCCUCACGAUGGAAUUUGAUGGUGAAGUAAUUCGUUUUAAUAUUUUUGAUGCCAUGAAAUAUCCAACUGAUGUUCAGUCUAUUUUUGCUAUUGAUGUUGUUGAUCCUAUUGAUUCCAUAGUACAAGAGAUCUUUGAGUUAAAAAAUGAAGAUGAGUUAGAGGUUGCCCUUCUCAAACAUGUGGAAUCAGAGGAGAAAGGAGAGAUAGAGCUCAGUGAAGAAUUGAAGGAGACAGUGGCAGCUUUACGCCCCUACAUUGGAGUUGAAGCCAUUACCGGGCCAUUUGAAGUAUGUGUACUUGGGAGAGAAUGGGACACUGUCGGUAAUUGUGUCGAAGAAGUUAACACCCAAUCAAGAAGAGAAACUGGUUCGAAUGCUGCAGGAGCAUAA